UGCUAUUAGUGUUACUUCCCCUCACUCUUAAAAAAGGAAAGAAGAAGGAUGAAGUUGCUGGCAGUUGAAAAUCUUUUUUAUCUAAUAUUAUUAGUACUUUCAAAGGGUUUUGUGUAUGGAGACCAGGGAUGUACAGAGAAGUUUAUGGAGUUGUCACAAGUAACAUACAGAGCACAAUACACAUCAGCUAGUGCCCCUGGAAGGACAUGGGAUGAUAAACUAAGAGCUCUUCAAGAGUAUCAGUUCAAUUGUUCAUCCACUAAUGUAACCAGUCUUAUAUUGGGUAUUGAUGUGAGGAGAGCUACUGGUAGUAUUAAUUUAUUUCCAAGUGUUAGAGUUUAUAGACCUAAUAGCAAUGAUCCUGGGAAGUAUGAUCUAGUGACUGGUAGUGAGAGAACUAUUUAUUAUUCUACCUCUAAUGUCAGUACUAGUGGAGUGUUUGAAUAUCCACUCAAUCCUCCUAUACCAGUAAUGAGUGGAGAAGUUGUAGCAAUUGUACAACCUCGUGAGGAAGAGAGUGUUGUCAGAAUCUAUUACAUUGAAGGUGUAUCUGGAAUCAGUUUUAGUAGCAGCAAGGAAAUAUCAAUUGAUUCAGAUGAAAUUGAUUUAGGUGAUACUCCCAUUACAAAUGAGUUGAUAUUAGUAUAUCCAGUAACAGAUGGACACUGUGUUAAUAGUGCCAAUUCAAUCAAUGCUAUGGCUAUUAGAAAUUAUUUCCUAACAGUCCAAAGGAGUGGAGCUAUUAAUGAUAGAAGGCAGUAUCUAUAUCCUGAAAUUGUGUUCUCAUGUAAUGGAUCCCUCACUAAAUGGAUAUAUGGAGGGAUGAAUCACAAUAACAUGAACAAUAAUUCACCUGAGCUCCAAAUAUGGCGUCAACUGGGUCCCAAUAAUUACAACAAAAUAGGAUCUAGUUUAGUUAAUGCUAAUACAAUGAUUGGUACUAAUCUCUAUGAGUUUAUUCCUCAGACUCCACUGCAGUUCCAGGAAGGAGACAUAUUUGGUGUUCAUAUUCCACAAACAGGCCAAAGUGUGUUUUCUUUAUAUGAGCAGAGAGGGAAUGGACCUCUUAAUGAGCGAGUCAAUGGUGAUGCUGACAAUCCUUAUUCAACAAUAACUCAAGCACUUGUAACAGACUCAAAUAAUGAUUUCCCAUUAGUCACUGUAGAAGUAUCAAUUUCACUGGCAUCUACUAGUGUGGUUUCAUCAUCAAGUACCAGCCCAGUCAUUAGUACAACUUCUGUAAUAACAACCUCUACCAUGAUAUCAUCUACAGUGGUGUCCAUCACUCUCAGUAAUGCUUUAUCUAUACUGGUAACUGCCAUUCCAUCACUUUUGUCAUCUACUUAUUCUAGCAGUUCAUUUUAUACCACUCCAGUUAGUUCAACAGUGAUCAUUACUACUGCUCCCAGUGACUCCUCAGUUAUUGCUACUACUGUAAAUAGAUCUAGUAGUACUGCCAUUAGUGGGAUGACUUCUCCUGGCAGUUCAUCAUCUAUUGCAACUUCCACUAAAUCCACUACUUCUAGCAGUGCAUCUGUUGUCUCUACUGUGAAUUCUGCUGUCUCUAUUGUGAUAUCUGUUAGCUCACAUUCCAUGCUAUCAACUGCUAUCCUCAGCAUCAUGGAACCAUCUUCUCUCUCAUCAUCUGUAGUCAGUACUUCCACAUCAUCUACUACUGCAAACACAACACCAGUUGCAGUAUACAUAAUUGUAGGCAUUGUAGUAUGCAUUAUUCUUGCCUCUUUAGUAAUAAUAGUGCUGUCUGUUGCUGUUUGCAUCAAGAAAAAAGGACAUAUUAUUAUUGAUUCAUCAGACAUGGAAGACAAUCCAGCGUACAUUGCUACUAAUCCUAUUGCUGUGACAAUACAGGAUAAUCCAGCAUAUGCCACCAAUGUUGGAAAUGAAUGUAAUGCAGUAGAUUAUGAAGAAUUGAAUCAAGUGAUAGCACAAGAUUAUGAUGAAAUUGAUGAUUGUGUGUAAAGAUUAUUUUUUAAAAAUUAAUAGGUAGUGAUGUGAACCC